CUGUUGUUUCUUUGCCCCGCAGCCUGUGAUUGGCUGUUGCUGGCAGAGCGUGUCUGCUGGAGGAGGUGUAUCCUGAGAGCAGAGCAGAGCAGAGCAGGGCUGAGUGAGUGAGUGAGAGCAGAGCAGAGCAGAGCAGAGCAGAGCGUUACACUGACCCUGUGUAUUAGGUGCCAGUCCUGAUAUCAGGGUGUAUGAGCCAAGUGCACCCCCACCUCUCCAUCCCUGAUCCCAAGGACCCACUGCCUGACCCAACAUGCGGCUCCUGAGGGUCCUGAUGAGGAGCGCCCCCCUUACCAGCAGCAACAGCACCCACAGCCUGGUGGACUUCUACUCCAAGUUCUCCCCGUCCCCCCUGUCCAUGAAACAGUUCCUGGAUUUCGGUGAGUUGGAGGUCAGGGGGUCCUCUCUCUCUGGAGCCUGGGUGGAGGGGGUCCUCUCUCUGGAGCCUGGGUGGAGGGGGUCCUCUCUCUGGACCCUGGGUGGAGGGGGUCCUCUCUCUGGACCCUGGGUGCAGGGGGUCCUCUCUCUGGACCCUGGGUGCAGGGGGUCCUCUCUCUGGACCCUGGGUGGAGGGGGUCCUCUCUCUGGACCCUGGGUGGAGGGGGUCCUCUCUCUGGACCCUAGGUGGAGGGGGUCUUCUCUCUGGAGCCAGGGUUGAGGGAGCAGGUCUGGUGGCAUUGCCCUGCAGGAGAUUUUAAUAUUUAUUGCCUCUGGAGAACCUGCUUUAGAAGGACCCUAAACAAUGUUCGGUAAGGCUUACUAAUUCUAGCUGAUGUGGAGUACCUUUCUUAUCAUGCACUGCCAUCUCUUCUAAAUUAAUAUAUAUUUGUGUGUGUGAUCAUCCUAAGAAACACCAUGCACAGCAGCUGGGAGUUGCAAAGGUUAACAGAUCCUGCUCUAUGAUAAACAGAAUUAAGAAACAUCUAAAAGCAUUAAUAAAGCAACAGAGAGGUUUCAGACGUGAAACAUGUAAGGGUCAUCUCUUUUAGGAUCCCCACUGAAUCUCAAUUUUAUACGUUAUCCAGUCCAUGAAAUAAUAACUAAAAAAAUAUAUAUAUUUUUUAAUAUAUAUUGACUGAUAAAGGACAUCAUUUUCCUGGUGGGCCAGGAACAUGUUUUUGAUUUAUACAUAUGUUCAAGGUCACCAUUAGGCAAUAGUUCUAUUAAGAGACUAUAAUGAAAGAGGAAAAGCUUCAAUGAAGGGAGAGUAAUGCAAGUAUUGUAAGAUGAUCCAAUUUAACUCUUUACUAGCCAUUUCACAGAAAUCCUUGCAGAGCUUGUAAUGUACAGAGCUGUAUGUUUUGGAAGUCAUACAGGAUUAAUAUGUACGAAAGUGAGAUUUCAAAUUUAAGGACAGAGUAUCCGAAGUGAAAUCAUAGCUAAAUUGGAGAAUGUUUCCACGUAUGUGAAUUUGACUUUUAAUAUGAAAUUCACUUUGACAAAUAACACUAAUAGUGAUAGAAUCUGUUUUGGUGCAGUGAAUCCCUACAGGCUGUUGAUGUUCAAUGUCCUGUGUUCUUAUAAUGUUACACUGUGAUGUUUAUUUACUAAACACUAUUGUGGUGAUUCGAAAGCUGAAUUGCAAAUUGUGGGCCACAAUAGCAAAUGAGGAUAAACAGAUGUAUUGAAGAACUUUUCCAAUUCACCUGUUCUGGUCUAAAUUUAGGAUUUGUUUUUCAGUUCACUAUUUAUAAUAAUAAACCCUUAAAUUGUUGCAAAACUCACAACAGACAAAUUGAUUAUAAAUAUAUAUAUAUAUAUAUAUUUAUACAUAAAAUGGGAAGCAAUGAAAAUGUGUUUGUUUAUUUUCUAAUACAUUAAACAAAUCCUUUUAAAUGCAGAAUUAAAUAAGUUUCUAGGGAUUUAUUUUUUUUUCUUCGAUCCUCUUUUGAUGUUGCAAAACGUCAUUGUGCUCUGUACUGAAAUGUGCCUGUAAGUCCUAUCAAUAGAAGGUUGUAAGAUGCACUCCUGAUAGUAAUGUAAAUUACAUGUGAUAAUGAGAGACCCUCUGGCAAUUUGUUAAUCUGCUUGACAAAAAGUAAUUAGAAAGUCAUGGUGACUUAAUGCAACUGCUAACAGGUAAUUUUUUUGUUUUAGAAGAAAAACCACAUUAAUCCCAAAACGUAUUCAACAGUGUGCUCGAUUUUCAAUGAUGGUCUCCUAAAUUAAACAAAAACAAACCAAAAAACAUUGGGACCAAGUGCAAAUUUUGGUGCAAAGUGCUAAAUUUAGAGUAAUUAACUUGGGUUGUUAUAUUGGUUUCCAUAGUGACUGCUUUAGCGACAUUAUUGGUUUGAUCUCCACAAAUGUAGCCCCUUGUCAUGUAUGCAUUGGCCUUAUUAAAUGCAAGUAGCUUAUAUAUUUACUGUGUUUAUAUCAUUUUUCUGCCCUACAUCUGAGAUGUUUUGCAGGAAGUAGAACUUACUUCCUAUUGCAAGAAUUGCCAAUUCAUAGUCCUUUUUUAUGUCCUUGCAAAUUAGUACUCUAUGCCUAAAUGCUGCUAGGUUGUGCAGCUCAAUAGAAUACUAUAUUUGCAUCAUACAUCAGCCAAUACGAGUUGCCAAUUUCACAUUUGCAUUAACCAUCUCAGUGCUGUUGCUUAUUUGUCGUGCAGGCCUAAAAUUCUUCAAUCCAGCUCUAGUUUUGUAUGUUAACAAUUACAGAGUUCUAUUGUGGAAUGUAGGUCUAAAUUCCAGGCUGCCACUGUGAUCAGUGGUAGAUGGGUUAAUAAUGACCUGCUUUUUGAUGGCUGUUAUUUAGCAAACAUUAGGCUGACCUCUGUUCUUGUAACAGCAGUUGGACUAAUUGACCUUGCUUUGACUUGUCUGGCACAUUACGUGAGACUUUACCACAAGUCUAUUUCCUCCAAGCUCUGUCUAAUCACAGGUCAGCUGUUCUUUAUCUUAGGCAGUAUUUUCUCUUUGUUUAUGCCCUUUUCAGGCUAUGGAAAUUUAAUUGUAAUGCUAACAAAGGUCAGGGAAUAUAGUGUAUGCAUUUAAAUGCAAUGGUAUUCAACACCUCUAAUGCACUCUCAGCAUGGAGUUUCUCAUAUGAUGCAUGUUAAACACCACCAUUUACGAUUGUUUUAACUAUGUGAACAAUAAACAGAAUCACAGGAUUCAUCCUUUUGUUAGACAUUUGUAAUUUAGAAUGCUAAUGCUGUUUAUAGGACUGUAAAUUUCUUCAAAUUCUUUGGAGUUACAGGAAAAUUAGUUGUCUAGUGGCACUUGAGGGGUUAAAGGAUCACUAUAGGGUCAGGAACACAAACAUGUAUUCCUGACCCACCAUCUAGCCCCCCAGGGCCCCUCAUACCUCCAUAAAUAUAGUAAAUCUUACUGUAUUCAAGCCAGAAGCUGUAAAUCUGCAUCCUGUUAGACUCCGAAAAACAAGCAUUCUGCUGACAUGUGGUAGCCUGAUCCAAUCACAGUGCUUCCCCAUAGGAUUGGCUGAGACUGACAAAGAGGCAGAUCAGGGGCAGAGCCAGCAUGAUUCAAACACAGCACUGGCCAAUCACCAUCUCCUCAUAGAGAUUAAUUGAAUCAAUGAGGAAAGUUCAGUGUCUUCAUGCAGAGGGAGGAGAUGCUGUGCACAGUGCUGCCCUGUGCUCUGCUGACAGCAAAUCUGAGUCCCUCUGGUUCACUCUGAGUGACAACUGGAGGUGUUCCUAGCUUUCAAUGUAAACACUGUAUUUUCUCAGAAAAUACAGUGUUUACAUGAGAGUGGCUGCAGGGAGCUAUAGUUCUCACCUGAACAACCUCAUUAAGCGGAAGUUGACUAUAGUGUCUUAAUACUUCUGACAAUAUUAGCAAUACCAUUCACUUUAUCAUUGAAGUGCUUAUGGACAAUGUAUAAGGCCUACUGAAUGAUUUGGCUUUCUCAGUUGGAGUGUCCUGCAGGGACAUUAAUCCCGGCUCCAGCUAAGUGCCCCCUGUAGCUCCUGAGGAUUGCAUUUUAACUAUUUCCAAACUAAGGUGUCUGGAAUAUGCUACCUAGUCCUGAAAGGGUUAAACACAGUACAUGAUUUUAACCCUUUUUCUUCUUUUGUUUUUGGUUCAUCUGUUCUGGAUCACAUUGUGUCUGCAUCACCCAGAGUCUGGCUUUUAACAUCACAUGCUGUAGAUUAAAAUUAGUUUGAGACCAUUUGAACACGAGUAUAUGAAUAUUAACUUUCCCUGCCCUUUGUAUAAUAUAAUGUACUCCUGUGAUGCAAUGGCAUAUUGUGGUGCUGCCUGGGCAAAAUGGCAGUUCAUUAUGUUAAACUUGGCUACCCCAAAUCUUCUUCCCCUGAUUAUCUUAACAUUAGCAUUUUAAAAGAUGGGGCCUCUGGAGACAAAAUAGAAAACCGUAUGUGUAAAAUCAUAGUAAAAAAUGCCACCUCUAAACCAUGUUUGACCAUACGGUAAAUAUGUGGUAACUGUAGAAUUAAUCUGAUGCUUUGCCAGCCCUACUGUACACUAUAUCUUUUUGUAUUGGCUUUCAGAAGGGGUUAUAUGGUGUUAGAAAAGAGAUCUGGAAAUAUCCGUAAUGGGCAAGCAGGAGGCUAGAGGGACAAUUUCUCCAUGGGAUAUGGUUGGUCUCAAUAGAUACAGAGAGCUUUCACCACCCCCACCCCCUUUUUCUAUGUUUCAGAAUGUGCUAUGUAUGUUUGUCAUUGUCAAUGGGCCUUGUUUACAUUUGAUGCAAAUAUAAAGUUCACAUAAAUAAAAAAUACCAUAACCCAAGAUGUUUAGAAUUAGUCAUGCCUAUUUGUGUUUUUCUUUUUCCCCUCCAGGUACUGUGAAUGCUUGUGAAAAGACAUCAUUUAUAUUCCUAAGGCAAGAAUUGCCUGUAAGAUUAGCAAAUAUAAUGAAAGAAAUAAAUCUGCUUCCAGACAACCUACUGAAAAUGCCUUCCAUUAAACUGGUAGAAAGCUGGUAGGUUUGCUGCAUGCCAGUCUCAAAAUAAAGCACACUCUCCGCAGGCACAAAAAUGUGUUCUGAAACAAAAAAGCGUUAAACCAUUUAUGCGCCAGAAGGAUCAACAUAUUGCUAGCCCCUAAGGCAGUAAAAAAGAUGAACUAUUCACAGUGCUAUAUAUGUUCGCGGAAAUUAAAUCUGUACUGCACAGUUAAGGUAACUUAGUAACAAUUCUUUCAUGUAAGCAUACUCAUGAUAAGUACCUUGUUUCCGGUUACAAGAACACAAUGUACAACCCUUCAAGGACCAACUGUUAGGCAGAUCCAUAUAUGUCCUGAUUUACUUGGCAUGUCUUUGGUUCUUAAAGGGUACUACAACACCUUUUACACAAAGUAUUUUUCAGCCAAUAUUGCUCUAUUGGACACUAUAGUAAUUUCCUACCCCUCCCCUUUUGUAUUAUAAAAUAGGUUACAACCUACCUGGAAUCCAGCGCCGGGCGAAGUUUCCACGUCUGACGUUAGGCUGUGUUUUUUUUCUGUGGUCCAAUCAAAUACUUCUCAUACAGAAGCAUUGGAUGGGACUAUUUUCUCAGGCUCAGAGUGCUCACACGGUUGGGUGGGGGAAAGGGGUGUAUGAGCAGGAAAGAGUUUGAGUGCUUUACAUAAAAACAAAAACAAAAACAAAAGCAGAACUUCAAAAAACAAAGCGAGAUUGGUAAGGAUUGUACAGGUGGAGGGAGGGCACAUUCUAGCUUUUCCUUACAAGCACUGCCUGCAAUGAUAGCAGCCUCUAACAUCUUUGCAAGCUGAAGGCAGAUAUAAUUUGUGCACAGAAUUGACGUUCGGUAGCCUGGAAUAGAAAUGCUGCAUAUAUAGACUCCUAACACCCACCCACUUCUAAAAGCGAAAGUGGUCAUGGUUGUUGUAGUAACCCUUUAAAAGGGUUAAAGUGAACACUCUAAGCAUCUUAACCAGUAGGCUUCUUGUAGUGGCCAUGUUGCAAAGAGUGUUUAAGUGUUGUCUUAAAUUUCAGCUCUAUUGUCACUCAAAUUAUCACCAAUAUAAUUGAGAAUUUCACCUCCUUAUUUAUUGUACAAAAUAGAUUGGCAAGGGUGGACCAUGUGGCUAACCAUGUCAGCAAUGGUUUCAUAAAAACAGUUUUUGUUUUGAGUAAACAAUGUGUUUUUUUGUGUGUUUUUUUUGGGGGUGGGGGUUUGGGAGUACCCCAUUAAACACUCCUGCGCAAUGUUAGAAUAAAACCUUUCCUUCUUAGAAUGACUGCAAUAUCUUACCAUAGUGUGGGUAAUUGGCUUCAGAAAAUCUUAAGAGAUCUCUCCUGAUCAAAGCAGUAUAUAGAUAAACCAUUCACACAAGUCCUAGUGUUUGCCUUUAUAAAGCUAUGAAAUAGGGAAUUGUUUUGUUUAAAUCUGCUUAACAUGUUUGUCCUUGCUAUGUAGGAAGUAACAGUGCCUUUGUGUUUACAUACGUUAAAUAUUUUCAGUCUAAACAAGGUAUUGUAUAAUUUGUUUCUUGCAGGUAUAGUCAGAGUUUUCAAGAGAUUACUGAUUUUAAAGACAGAAAUCCUGACGAGCCAGAAUCAAUCAGGGAGUAAGUGAAUUUUUUGAUUACCAUCGUUUAACUAAUAUUCUGUUAAAGCCAGCACAUUUUUGAGAAUGAAUGUAUACAGUAAAAACCAAAUAAUUUUUUUUAAUUUUUUUUUUCUCUGCCCAAAUUCCUAUGCAUAUUUAAACAAAUGGAGGUUAUUUAGUUUCUCCAAUGGCCAUGAGAGAGUUUAGCCCACCUGCCACGUCAAGGCAAGCCUCUCGGGUGGGUCCUACACUAACCUUUCACCUUGCUUCCUUGAGCUUCUGGCAAAGAUCUCUCUAAUAACCUCCCAUUUGUUUAAAUAUGCAUAGGGAUUUGGGAAGAGCGCAGGUAACCUUUUUUUUUUUUUUCUUUGGUUUUUACUAUAUGUAUUGGGGCUGAUGUGUACUAUGGUCGUUGCUGCCGCCCAGGAUUUUUUUUCAUUUUUUUUUUUGUAAAUCAGUGAAUGAAUAAUAUGAGUACCCAAGGUUUUAUUGCAAUGUAUUACCAUUUGUUUUUGUUGUGUGGUAUGACAUGGUUUGAAGACUAUACCUUGCUGUUGCAAGGCAAGCUUUGGGGACAAAGAUGAGUGCUCUCAUCCGAUUUGCUCUGAUGGCUGGUUUGUUCUUUUAAUCAUUGAAGUAGGAUGUUCAGUACACGAGUCCGAUUUCUAUGCUGCUCUACAUUCCAAGAGUGGUUUUAUUUUAAUUAUUUUUAAAUAUUUUUUUAUUUUGUAGUGCAUAGAAAGACAUAUAAGCUGUGAGAUAUAUAAUGAGAGAAUAGACUAUAAUGCGUAUCGUAGAAAUGAGUCCUACAACAUGAAGUUAUUUUAUUUUUUUUAUUUUUUUUAUCGUUUUGGUUUCCAACUUAUACCUCAAUUUAAUAUUGUUAGACAAGCUUUCCAAAUGACUUUUUACAUAUGGUAUUUUUUAAUAUGCUGUGUAAUUUAUUUUUUCUUUGCAUUUAUUCCUGGUAUUUAUAAAGUGCCAACAUAUUCUGCAGCGCUGAUAUGCAUUGCAAGAGCUUAAAAGUUUUCAAUGUGUUUACCAGUAUUUUGUGUUUUUUUUUUUUUUUCAGUUUUACAGAUACUGUGAUAACGGUCCGAAAUCGGCACAAUGAUGUGGUCCCAACGAUGGCACAGGGAGUUGUUGAAUAUAAAGACAGUUUUGGAGCUGAUCCAGUAACGUCACAGAAUGUCCAGUAUUUUUUAGAUCGUUUCUUCAUGAGUCGCAUAUCGAUUAGAAUGCUGCUUAAUCAACACAGUACGUAUCUGGAUACUGUCAUUUUAUUGAAUGAACUGAGAGGUGUACUAUAACCAAUGAUUCUAAAUAGCCAUAUGUUUAUGUAAAUGUAUACAUUUCAUUUAUUCUGUUAGCUACUACAAUCCUCCAUGUACUUUUGUAAACUGCAGUUUUCUCCCCCAAUCUGUCCAGUUUAUAUGAGAUUCUGCACUCUGUUCUGCUAUGUUUCCUAUACUAAAAGACUGUUUCAAGGUGCAAACAUAUGCAUUUGACACACUUAAAGAUGUGAGCAUGUGGAUAGUUCCUAGUGCUGAUGAUUGUGACAAACAACUGAAGGUUUGGACCUGCUUGAACACCUUGUUUUGUUAAUUUUAGUUUUAAAUUGAUGUAUUGUUUUUCUGUUUACAUUUCAGCAUUGCUUUUUGGUGGGAAAAUGAAGGUUAAUCCUGCGCAUCCAAAAUAUAUUGGCAGCAUUGAUCCUGCUUGUAAUGUUGUUGAAGUUAUUAAAGGUAAAUUAUUUUUAUUUAUUUAUUUAUUUAUUUAUGAUUGGUUCUGUCCCUAGAAUAUGGUUGGAGGCAAAUACAUAUUAAGAAAUAGGAAAUGCACAGAUUUACAAAUCUGCAUUUUAAAGAGACGCUAUAGUCAUCAUAUCAACUUUAGCUUAAUGAAACAUGAUUUAACUCCUAAAUUGCAGAGAAUUGAGCAGUGAGACUGCAUUGCAUUAUCUAUACACUAAAACUAUUUAAUUAAGCUAGUUUUGUAUUGAUGCCUAUAGCAUCCACUUUCAUAAAAGUGUUUUUGGUCAGAGUAAGCCUUGCUGGCAUAGUCCCCCAAAAUUAAAACAAACUUUCCUCCAUUUCACUGUAGAGGCCAAGCUCUACAUGCAGCCCAGUCCUCCUCUGCUGACCUUGUUCUGGGCUGGCUAACGACGCCCCAAUGAUGCUGCUGGAGAUGAAGGUACACCUUAGGCAGCAAGGGGUUAAAUGGUGUAUGUUCAGUGUUUUCUAUGGAAACACUGCACAUACAUGCACCAUAACCACUUCCAAUCAGUGAGGUCAUGGUGCUUGAACUCUUUAACCCCUUAAGGACCAAACUUCUUGAAUAAAUGUGAAUCAUGACAUGUCACACAUGUCGUGUGUCCUUAAGGGGUUAAACGUACUGCACAAGCUGACCACAUAAUGAUAUGGUUAUUGGCAUAUUGCAAGAGUUUUUGGACACAAUUAUACUUUUGCCUAGGUAAAUUUAGAAAAUAGGUUUCCUGGGUUUGUAGUUUUUGACUAUCAAAGCCUUACUCCGUGACACUGAGGGUGCAACUUAGACACCCUGCAGAAGGAAAUGUCACUGACUUGUCAGCUAUUUAUUUAAUAUAUACUAGCUUCAUGUUGGGAUUUAAUUUAUGCAAACCACUAUUUAUUGCUACAUAACGCCUAGUUUUUGGCACUUAAUGCUUGUUGUACCUAUAUAUUGUGGUAUUUUUUUUCAAAUGGCUCUGUAAAGGCAUAGAUUAAGAUAAAUAUUUUAUAUAUUGUGGUUGAAAACUAGUGACUUAUUUUUUUUUUUGUGUGUGUGUCUUGUUACUACUUUCAGUUAGAAGAAUAUGGAUGCAUCAGUUCCCUGUUCGUGCGUUCCUUUAUGCUUUAAAUAAAAAAACAAAACAAAAAAAAAACAUUAAGCAUGAAAUUUACCUGGCAACUUUGUAAAUUGUUUUUAAAAUGCCUGACACUUUUCUGGGCAUUGAUCCAUUAUUUUUGUGUUUUUGUCACCGUUUGUAUCUGUGUUUUUGUAUGCCUUGCAGUGUUUAUAAACGCCUCCAGCAUACUAUUUAGAAAGUGCUUUGGAAACCAGAAGAACUGGUGAAAAUUAUGCACAGUGUUAAAUCAUCACACGUUCAGAAGUUUUUACAAAUUUUUCUUUUUCUGUAACAUUAUUACUAGAUUCUUUUUAAAAAUAAAGCAAUUGAUAGGUCUGCAGCCUGAAUUAUGUAGGACAACUUCUCUGGUUGCAAAAAGAUCAUGCAAGGUUAAUGGGUGUUGCCAUAAGUUGGCAUUGUGCCAGGACAUGCUGAGCUAGGCAGGGUAUGCUUCACUGCCAAUUGCUGCUGCCAAGCAGAGGCAUGCCUUCUGUACAACAAACAUUACUUCAAACCGUUCCUUCUCUCCUAUUACAGGCCUCCAUCAAGUUAUAAUGAGGGCCGGAUUAAUGUCUCUCAGGGGUGCUUUUUCACCAACUCUGUAAGCCGGCGUUGACAAAUUUACUCUAGUUCUGUGCAUCAACUUGGAUACUCAGUAGCCACAUGGCAGUCAGACUGCACCCAUUUCUUUCCAUGUUACUUACAGCAUGUAGCACAAUCCACAUUGUGUUCUGCUGAACUAAAUAAAAUAACCCGGUGAGCAGAGCUUUAUGGAAUAGACUCCUAACUCGUAUUGUUAAUAUUUGGAUGGCAGAGCUUGCUGCAGAAAGCGACACCUAUUGUAGGGAUGCAGUGGAUGCACCAAUGUCAAAAGUGUCUUUUCAAAGUGUUCACAAGUAUGAUUUGAAUUUUCCAUGUCAAUGUAUUAUUUAUAUAGUGCAUUAAAGUGAGAUUUGGCUUCAGCCUGGAAUGUCCCUUUAAUUAUUUUAGCUUUUUCAGAGUACCGUGGUUAAUCGGUCACAAAGUAUAGUAUAAAUUGCUGCAUGGUUCUGGUUGUAUCUGGUAAAAAAUAAUAAUUCCGAUUUUUAUUAUUUUUGUGCUGUAAUGCGAUUUGACAACUGUGCUUAUUUUAUUUUUAGAUGGAUAUGAGAAUGCUAAACACCUGUGUGACCUGUAUUACAUGCACUCCCCGCAAUUAGAACUAACAGAGUUUAAUGGUGAGAUAUUAAUUCUGUGUGUGAUAUAAAAUAUGAUAAGGAUUUUAAGUUCAUUAAUUUCAUAUAUAACUUAACAUGCAAUUGUGAGGGACACUAGUGAGUUACUCUCUCCAGAAGGACACCCUUGUUAAAUGUUUAAACAUGAGAGCAGUACCAGUUUAAUGUUUACUUUGUCCUUGACUACCUGCUUGAUUAUUAAUCCAUUCCAUGGCAUGUUGUACAGUUUUAGUAUCUGUUUUAUUCAAUUAGUUUUUUGUGGUUUUGUUUCUUUUUGCAGCUGAAAAUCCAGGACAGACUAUCCAAGUGGUGUAUGUGCCAUCACAUCUAUACCACAUGGUGUUUGAACUUUUCAAGGUAAGUGGAAGUCCCAGAAAAGUGACUAUAUAUUGUCUAAUGUCUAGGCUAACCUUGCUUACGCUUUGUGGUGAUCAUAAUGUGUAUCCUGUAGUCUGUUAACAUCCAUACACUUCUUUUUCAUUUGCUGGCAUAGCUUUAAAGGGACACCGCUCAUUGAAGUGAUCUGUGUGCAAUGUCCCAUAUCACGUAACCCUACAGUGGUAAUUAUUGCAGUUUCUGAGAAACUGCAAUAAAUACAUUUGCAGGGUGAAGUCGUCCUCCUAGUGGCUGUCUAAACGACGCUGGACGUCCUCAUGCUCUGCUCGAGGAAAACAUUAAAUCCAAAUGCGAGCAUGGCCAUUGCCGCGCAUGUGCAUUAGGUCUCCCCCGCCGGCUGACGUCAGCAGGGGUGGAGCCUGACCCAGAGCCUAGGGACAUCAGCGCUGGAUUUAGUUAAGAAACAUGGGAUGGGGGACGCGAGGUAGGGGGGCACUGUAGGAUUCUAUAGUGCCAGGAAAAAGGGUUUGUUUUCCUGGCACUAGAGAAUCCCUUUAAUACUGCCUUACUGGCUGUUGAUUGUUUAAAAUAAAUAAAUCUGCCUGUAUGAUGAAACCAAAGCCAAAUAUGCAGCAGAGUAAAUAAAAGCACCCAUCAGUUUAAUUUUAUAUAAAUGUAGCACUUAUAUUCCUGCAUGCUACAGCUUGUUAUGGGUUAGGGCAUAUGUAGGUCAUUCACCUGUCUUUCAUUUGCUACAUCGACCAAUCACAGAAUAAAAGGGAGCAUAACCUUAGCUAUCCAAUCAUGUUGAACAACUUGCACACAAAAUGGGAAAAUAGACCAAUCAGAAUAACUUCAUUUGCAUUAAAUACUCUACAUUCAAUAAAGGUUAUUUUUCCAUUCUACCCAUAGAUGGAAUUGUAAUUGGGUCUAAUGAAAUUGUUUAUUUUCCAGAAUGCUAUGAGAGCCACAAUUGAGUUCUAUGCGGAAAGUGGGAACUACCCACCAGUGAAGGUUCAUGUGGCCUUGGGCAAUGAAGAUUUGACAAUUAGGGUAACUAUAUUUUGGCUAACAUUUUAGAGCACUUGUAAUGACUUAUUUUGUUAAUGUAGGGAUGACAGACAAAUGGAAAUAUAUAUAUAUAUAUAUAUAUAUAUAUAUAUAUAUAUAUUUUUUUUUUUUUUAAUUUAAGAUGGAAAUAUAGAACAAAUUAUAGACAAUGUAAAAAGAAAUGAGUUGUGUUUUUUUUGACUGUUAAAAUUAAACUUUCACAACUGCAGAACAUUUAGUCUAUGGCCAAGGUCAGGUGUAUUUCACACUGAAAGAGACUUGGCCAGUGGACCGAACAACCAUCCCCCAUGCGGGAUUGGUAGUUUGAAUGUGACCCUGUAUUAUCACGCACUCCUAGCUGAAGAACUGAUCCCGAUCUUGUUCACUUUGACAGACUUUGAAUGUAAUUAUCUGCUCAGACUGCAUACUUGGACCAUAUAUUAUACAAAUGAGCCAUAUUUUCUAAUAAAUGGCAGUCAAACCUAUAUUAACAAAAUUAUGAAUAAAGCACCUUAAAGCCAAAUUAAUGGGAUGUAUGGAAAAACUAACAUUUUUAGUGACCAUGCAGUCCAAUUUGACAAUUUACUAAUUUGUUGGUUUUUUUUUUGUAAAGGACCAUUUUUACUUAAAUCCAGUAUUGAUGUAUAAUUCACACCAUGAUAUCCCUGUAAUUGCAAUGCUUCAUGUGCUAUUUAUUUUUCUGCAGAUGAGUGAUCUUGGGGGUGGUGUACCCCUUAGGAAGAUUGACCGAUUGUUCAACUACAUGUACUCUACAGCUCCACUUCCUAGAUUUGAGACUUCGCGUGCUACACCACUGGUUAGUUGAUAUUUAUUUUGUUCUAGCUAAAUAAUUGGCAUUUAACACCUAUCCUCUAAACCAUGGUGUAGUUUUGGUGACGCUAUAGUCACCAGAACCACUACAGCUUUAUGUAGUGGUUCUGGUGUCUAUAACAUGUUCCUGCAGGCUCAGCAAUAUAAACUCUGCCCUUUCAGGAAAAAGGCAGCAUUUACAUUGCUGCUUAGUAACUCCCUUAGGUCCUGUCACUCAGAUGACCAAGAAAGGUGCUGCCUAUUUCACUGCUACAUGCGUUCAACGUCUCCAUGCUCUAAAUCGAGAUGCUAAACGCUCCCCAUAGAGAUGCAUUGAUUCAAAGCAUCUCUAUUAGAAGAUGUUGGUUGGUGCAGCACAGUGUUUUGCCACAUUUUCACAAUAGCCUCCCAAUGCUAUGGGAAAGCUUUGGAUAGGCCGAGUGUAUCAAGGUUCAUGAUCUCCACCUUGGAGGUGGGGCAGGAUGCGGUGAGACCAGUGCGGCAAUGGAGGAAGGGUAAAUAAUAGAUUUUCUAGUGUUCCGUCAAUCAGUUUUCUUAUCUAUAUAUUAACAAAUAAGUGUUUGAGGUAAGAAAAAAUAUGUUUACACUUGGAAAUCCAGACCUCUAUAUUGUAAAUGAGUGCCUCUAUCUUGGCUCCCUGUCAAUAAUUGUUAUAAACUCUGUCCUUUGCACCUGGAAGUCAAUCUAGAGAAAGAAUGGAACAUAGUUUGUAUCUCUCCUCAUUAUUUCCAAUGUUGGCUCUGGCUACAUCUUGUCUGAUGUCCUUUCUAAAUCUUUACCAAGUUUAAAUGAAAAUGGAUCAUGUCAUGGGUUUUGUUGAAUGGUGUAAUUUCAGACAAGUGACAGCUCCCUGUAAAGUCAGUGUUUUACUUUUUUAGCCUAAGUAGGCUCUAAGAGAUUAAUUUAUUAAGGGACACAAUGCCAUCUGAUCUCUCCUUACAUCACGAAAAUAAAAAGUAAUUGCUUGGUCAUGUUAAGAGAAAUGUUUUGGGACUUUGCUCUGUAGUUACUGAAAGCUUAGCAUGUGGCCGUAUAUCUAUCUUUCUCUCUCUGCUCCCAACAGAUCCCAUUACUAUUUGAUCAUGUGAAAUGUCCACAGUGACCUUGACAUGCACAGAAUUGUUUCCAGGUCUUAUAAAAGCGAUGCAUCAUCACAAGGCGUCAUGUCACUAUGUCUACCUGAAGGAUAGCUAAAGUUUUUCUGCAUAAAAGGGAAUUAACUGUUUCAAAUUUGGAGAUGGUUUCAAAUUCAGUGUUUCAUUUCCUACACACCAAUUCAAGCAACUGUAGUGAAUUUUAUACCAGAUUGCUGAACUUGCCAAGAAGUGAUCAUUAGGUGAUGGUUUUUUAUUUAUUUAUUUAUUUUUAGAUUUCAAAUUUUUUUCCCUCUCAAAUUAGCACUUUAUGCCUACAUUUUCCAAUACAGUUUUCAACAUGCCACUGUUUAGUGAAUAAACCCUUGUUUAAAUUCACCAUCGUCAGGGUGUGUUUGUGUUUACAUAACCAACAAUAGGUGCAUCAUGUUUAGCCAGUUUUAUGAUACAAAUACAAUUGCUCAUCUUAAGGAUAAAAUACAUAGGAGAGGAAUGAUAUCUUAUAUUUAUUGUCCCUGAUUAAAAAAAAAUGGAAUGGAGAAAGAAAAUGUCUCCAAGAGAAGGCUAACUAUUUUUUGUAGAGGUCUAAAGAUUGGGUAUUACACUUUAUCAUGCAGAGAGAUAAAUAUAGCAUAUUGAGUCAGUGAGAGCGCAAGCAGGAAUAUCACAUAUUCCUUAAAGGGGACCGAUCUUGUUUGUUUUUACUGUCCGCUUUAGGUAAUGCUGAAUAACUACCUUAUUUAAGACCCUUUGUAGAACACUGCGGAAUCCUAUGCCCAGCAUAAUUAAUAUAUUAACAGAAUGUAGAACUUACAUUUUUUUUUUUUUUCUGUUUGUGUUUUGACAGGCUGGGUUUGGAUAUGGCUUGCCAAUAUCACGUCUUUAUGCGCAAUAUUUUCAAGGAGAUUUGAAACUGUAUUCUUUGGAGGGCUAUGGAACGGAUGCUGCAAUAUACAUUAAGGUAAGGUAUAACUGGCUAGAAAUAAUGUACAAAGAUUGGGCAAGAUUCUCUGCAACUAGAGGGAGUAAACAUGGGUUGGGGUGUUCCAGAAGUCUUCUAUAACUUAAAGGGACACUCCAGGCACCCAGACCACUUCUGCCCAUUGGAGUGGUCUGGGUGCCAACUCCCACUACUCUUAACCCUGCAAGUGUAAUUAUUGCAGUUUUUUGUUUUUUUUUAUAAACUGCAAUAAUUAUCUUGCAGGGUUAACUCCACCUCUAGUGGCUGUCUACUAGACUAGACAGCCACUAGAGGGCACUUCUGUGUCCCUAGCACAGGAAACCUGUGCUAGAGCGUCGCUGGACGUCCUCACGCUGUGUGAGGACCUCCACCGUCGCUCAUUUCCCCAUAGGAAAGCAUUGAAAAGCAUUUUCAAUGCUCUCUAAUGGGGAGCUUUAAUGCGCAUGCACGGCAUUGCCGCGCAUGCGCAUUAGGUCUCCUCGGCCGGUGGGCGGGAUCAGUCUCUCCCACCAGCCGACGCAAUCACAGGGAGGAGCGGCGGCGGAGGAAGAAGCAGUGACGUGGGACAUCGCCGCCUCUGGUAAGUUACUGAAGGGGUUUUCACUCCUUCAGCAACCGGGGUUUGGGGGGUUUUCGUGGCACUGGAGUUUCCCUUUUAAUAGCUUUAACUCCCAUGCAAUUCCAUCUCUGUUCAUGCUCCUGUUAACUUACAUCAAGGACAUGCAGUAUGUUUUUGCACAGCUCUAUUGGGAGUGCUGAGAAAGUAAGAUUGCCUUUGGGGGCUUGAUAAAAAGGAGUUAAAGCUAAAAGGAACACUAUAGGGUCAGGAACACAAACAUGUAUUCCUGAACUUAUAGUGUUAAAAACACUAUCUAGACCCCUUCCCCCUUCCUCUUCUAAAUAUAGUAAAAUCUUACAUUUAUCCUAGUUUGCGUAUGCUUUCUCUGCCCCUAACCUGCCUUCUUGGCUGACAUCAACAGAAGUGAUGAACUCGGCCAAUCACAAUACUUUCCCAUAGGAAAUUUGACUGAGAUUUUCCAUUCUGAUGAUCUCAACUAAGGAGGGGGGCAGAGCCAAACACCGCCCUGACCAAUCCGCAUCUCAUAAUUGAGAUUAAUUGAAUCAAUAUGAGGAAAGUUCAGUGUCGCCAUGCAGAGGGUGGAGACACUUAAUGUCAGUGCUGCACACUGCUCCAGGAUGCACCUCUAGUAGCAUCUGAUGUGUGGCCACUGGAGGUGUUCCUAGGCUAAUCAUGUAAACCCUGCCUUUUCUCUGAAAAGACGGUGUUUACUGUGAAAAGCCUGCAGGGACUGACUAUACUCUCCAAAAACAAAUACAUUCAGCUGUAGUUUUUUUCUGGUGACUAUAGUGUCCCUUUAACAACUGACUGGGGAGCUUCAGGUUGGCAAUUCUUGGAUCGUCUAUAUUAUAAUAUUUUUGCUUUAUUCCAACAGGCUUUAUCAACUGAUUCAGUGGAGAGACUUCCUGUGUACAAUAAAUCUGUAUGGAAGCAUUACAAAACAAACCAAGAAGCAGAUGAUUGGUGUGUACCUAGUAGUGAGCCCAAGGAUAUGACUACUUAUCGCAGCAGUUGAUUCUCUAAAACUUUGAACCACAACCAGUAUCCUCUUUGAACCUGGUGUUUUUCAUCAUGUAUCUUUUUUCAAAAAUGUUACCCACCAAGUGCAAAUGAAUACUUCAGCUUAUAUUUUGCUACAUUCAUAAAUGUAUGUGAACACGUCCAUUCUUCACACAAAUUUCAAAUAAUGUUUAUUUUUUUUUUCUACUUGCUGGGAGAGCCAGUACCCCUCUAUAUUAGGGUUGGCCAAAAGAUAGUCCUUUAAGUAAAACCAGCACCUCCUGUAGCACUUGUGUUCAGGGUGACAUUGUCACCUUUAAUGCUCAUAUGCAUCCAGUAUCUGCACAGAAAUGUCAUAUAUGUGAUUGUGUACUUGAGCAUUUCUUCAGUAGUAUCAAACUCAUCCGUACAUAAUUUUUCAGGCCUUGCAUGCCAAAAUUAAAACUACAGAGAUUUAUUUUUAUUUUUUUUAAAUAAAAGCACAACUGUAGUUAGCUUUAAGUUGAUUGUCGAGUUUUGAAAAAUAAAAAUCUCUGUAGUUCUGCUUUGGGGCUGGCAAAGAAUCAUGGUUGUUGUAGUUCUGCAAUAGCUGGGUAUCUAUCUUUUUUGGCUAUCUCUUGUCUUGUAUCUGUUCCAGUUCUGGAAUGGUUCUUGGGAACAAAUGUUGAAAAAGGGGCUUCCUGUAACCGGCUAGGGGAAAAAAAAAAUAUUGAAAAAUUGAUUUUAAAUUUUUAUUUUUUUUAUUUAUACAUAUCACUGUAUGUGUUUGUGUCACCAUGCACAAACAUAUGAUUUGCUUAAAUUAGGAUAUUGGAAAUACUAAGCUGUAUACAUUUUUAGUUGUUAAUUUAUAUAUUUUUCCAUAGCUGCAUUUAACUUUCAUUUGUAAAUCUUAAACAGGCGAUAUUUUCUGUAUUAAGAAGCGCCUGAGAUCCACUCAUCUCUCAUUUUCUUAUGAUUUAUUUUGAAAGUGGUUUGUUUUUAUUUAAACACAUCCCAGCUUCAUCAAUGUUGCAGGGUUUUAGUGUAUGCAAUUUUCCUUUUUACUCUAUGGACAUAUUUUAUUGUCUGUUCUAUAGAUCCAUACUUUAUCAGAUUUGAAAUGAUUGAGUUACUUUACGUUGCCUACUUUCUAAUAAGUUAUGUCCUGUUUCUAAGGCCUCUUAGAAAUAUAUGAUCACCCUGUUUUUAAUGAUGUAGCAUGUGUUUUAUACUACACUAAUGCCCCGGUUUUCUUUUAUUUAGUGAAUACCUCCAAAAUACUGUCCUGUUUUUAUAUAUGAUGUUUAUUUUAUAUUUUUUAAUUUAAUGUAAAAUGUUUUUCUGUUGUAUUUGUUUUAAUUCUGAUGCCUCAAAAUCAUAUUUUAAUGCAGUUAAUGUAUGAUUAAGCAUUAAUUAUAGCCUGGUGUCUAUUUGAUACACCCCGCUCCCCCCUCAGAUUUUAGAAAACUAGAUAAUUAAUAGGAAACUCUAUAGAGAGGUCUUGCUGGUUUUUGUUUUCAACAUAUGUACAUUACUUUGUACUGUACAUAUGUUGUCAGAACUGCUGACUUAUCCUUUAUCCAUCUUAAGCUCUAGAACAGAGGUGUUCUAGCAAAAGAGUAUUCCUUACUGGCAUGUAUCUCAUCCAUACUCCCCUGUAAUCCAGCACUGAGGACCAAUUUCCGGUUGCAGCCUGAUCCACCUUCUGUUCUGUUGUAGAGACAGGGCUGAAGGAAAGCUUAGCAUGGCACAGAUGGGGGACAUGCCAUCUUUGCAUUUUAUGCACAGGUUUAACAAGCUGCCUGGAACGCACAUUCUGGGCUGGCUUAUGCUGGAUUUACAUGUUACUGUUGACAAUUUGUUACAAACCCUACAAAAAUUUAGGUACCCGGCCUAAGCUUUCAUGUGUCAUGAUUACGCGGGAAAACACAUUCAAGGCUACACGACUCACUGAUAAACCAGUUUGAAGAAAAAUAUAUAGAGCAAAUAAUAAAAAAAAAUCUCAAUAUAUUUCUUCUGUUCCUUAUGAUUGUUUGGUUUGUAUAUGCUAUUAAAAUAACACUGGCUAUUAAAUAUUGCAAUAAUGUUCUCCCACCCCGUGUGUAACAAGUAUUUGUAAAGUGAAACUUGCAAGUCACACAUACUCCGCUUUUAAUGAAUAAAAUUGGGACAUCAUAUUGUAAUUGUCUGCAGAUGCGUAGACGUCUAAUUUAUAUUUAGAGAUCUAUGUAAUUAUAUAUAACUUAAUAUUUUCUUGUCCAGCCACAGUACUCUGGCUGUCAUCCCAUGACUCUGUAUACUUUGUGUUCUCUGGGAUGUUAAGUGGUGCAUUGUGAGUUUGUGCCUGUUUAACAGGUGUCCUUACUAAUGUUAACUGUAGUGAAAAAUGAAUUUCAAACUAAAAGGAUCUGGGUGGGUGCAGAAGCUCUACAAGUUAACUUCCUGGCAACUCACAGUAUAAGGUAUUAUUUAUUAAAAUCUGAACUGCCAGGCCGUAGAAGUACAUUUAUUUUUCUAAAUUGGCUGUUUUUGUUCCACAAUGUGGAUUUCAAUUCACUAUAAUGUGGGGUUUUGUCAAUAAACCCACGUGUGUAACUAAAAUUACUCAUUGUUUAGAGUGCAAUCUUGUAAUUUAUUUAUUCCCUCCCACCCCAUGACUGAUGCAUACAAACUGCAAGAGUCCUAAAACUUGAUUAUAUGUUUGGUGUACCCACAAUCUGUACACAGGGAUUUUAUGAUCCUCUAAAAUGUUACGUUAUUGUGCAUCUUGCAGUUUGACACGUAUGUGUAAGAAGGGGGAUGUUCAUAGUCUGUGUGCCUUGACCAAUCUGGUGGCAAAAUGAUCUCCAUGAAGUGCCAAAGAGGGGUACUUGUAUAUCUGACUGUUUUAGGCCAUUUUUCUGUGCAUACAGUUAGUUUCCUUUGAGCCUGGUCGGUGUGGUUUAAAUGCUAUGCUGUUUGUGUAAAUAGUUCUCGUGUGUGUGUGUGUGUGUGUGUGUGUCCAUCAUCCUAAAGAUACAUUGUAUAAUUAAUGUAAAAUAAAGAUUUACUCACUUUUUCUCCGUUCCAGCACGGCUUCAUGGAUGUUACGCUUUGUGUAACUCCCACCUCCUGGCUGUCCACCUCUGUUCUUCUUUGAUUUGCCCUGCCAGGGCAAAUCUCAUCAGGGAUGUCUGAAUGGAGUGCUGUCACGUGACUGUUCCUAUACUCCGCUAGGGAGUUUCCAUAGCAACGGCAGCGCAUGUGUUGUGUGCGCUAUGGGUGGAGAUCGAAGGAACCUCCUGUGUGAGGUCUUUUCUGCUCUCCUUGGUCAGGCAAACUAAUUUCAAAUAGGAUUCUCCUAAUCUAUACAUUUUACUAGCAAAACUGCUAGAACAAUGUAUAGAGAAAAACCUUAUGUUCAAUCUAACAAGCUUAAAUUGUGUGGCGCAUGAGGGGUAUAUGAGAAAUAAUUUUGUGAUGUCUGUACUAGAUUUCACCACUCUAUUGGGUCUUCUGCUCAGGACAAAGAUUAAAUGUUUUCCCUCUUGAAAUAUCGCACAUUGUAUUGAUGAAAUAAUUUGUAGAUUUUUGUAUCAUUCUUUGCACCAGUGUGGGCUAUAUAAUUAAAAUGUAACAAACAAAUUAGGUAUUUUCCCCAAGUAUUUGAAUUCUUCCUGCUGCAUAAGGUAUACUGUAACAAUGAUUUACCCAUUGUAUACAUGUUGUAAAUAUAUUUGGAAAUCACUGGGGAAAUAUCUAAAGUAUUUUAUGAAAUAAUUUACGCAUAUAAAAUUACAUUCUGAAGUGGACUAUUGCCACCUAUGGCUACAGCAUAUGUAUUCACAUCAGCAGAUAAUUUCAAAUGUUUCUGUGGCUUUUUUUUUUUUUUAAUCCCUUAAGGACCAAACUUCUGGAAUAAAAGGGAAUCAUGACAUGUCACACGUCAUGUGUCCUUAAGGGGUUAAAGGAAAGGAUUUUGGCAUGUUGGUGUUUGUAUGUUCUCGUGUUUCUCAGAAUAAAAAAUUAAAGUGUUUGUGUGCUAAUGAUUACUGCAUUUGCUGCAAAUCCCAGCCUUUGCAGCGAUUGCAGUGUUUUCACAAAACUAAGAAGAGACUCUCUCAAUCAGUGAUGCUCACUUAACUUUCUGUAGCCUUGCUAAUACUGUGCCAGAGGCAAUUCUUAAUAGGCAUGCCAAGGAUGUAUGGGAGUUGUAGUUUGUUAGUGUUCUACUGUAGAAAUUAAAUUAUUUUUUAUUUUUUUUUAAUUACCUAAAGCACUGCUUCACCCACUUGAACAAUUUUUAAAAAAAAAUAUUUCCCAGCACGGUGUUAAAUUGGAAAGAAUUAAUAAAAAUGUUAUGUAUUAAUGUGUAGCCAUUUCACAUUGACUUAAUGUUUUUAUUUGGAACAUUAAGAUGCAUAUACAGACUUCGUAACGUAUUUGUGACUAGAGUAACACUUGCACUAAAUCUUUGUAAUAAUUGUAAAUAAUAAACGUAAAUGUUUAACGGCCUCUCUUUCAAAAAGGUUUCAUUUGGAAGUGAGUAGACUUGUAUUGGAAACUCUGGUAUUUUGUAUGUAAUCUGCCAGUAUUUAUAUUAAAUUUAAUUUAUAGAGUUAAGAAUUCUUUAAUCCUUUUUGUGCAUGGGUGGAGAUUAUCAAUCUGGUUUCUAUUUAAUGUAAACAUUUUUACUACAAUGCAAUUUAGAACAUUCUGUUAGGCAAUCUAUGAAACGCAGGUUAUAAAUUAGAUCACAGAAGGCUGCUUAUUCAGCCAGUUCUAAAAGUGUCAACAAAGUGUAAGUUCUGGUCAAUGUGGCAUUGAAGAAUUUCUCCAACUGUGUUUCAUCCUAAAGUAUAACUCUCCAAGGGUUUAUUUAGUAAACAUGGAAUUCUGUAAAAUUGAGACAUUACACAAGCCAGACAAAUUGGAAAAAAUACCAAACUUGUUUUUCAGGUCUGGUAUUUUUUCCAUUCUUCACAGUUCCUGGUCUAGUGAAUAAAGUAUUCUUAUUUACUACUGUUAUAAAUGGAGUAACAAGAUAUAUUACUGGUUUUCUUAAUCCUUGCAAAUGUGUUUUUAGUAGCAGAGCAGAACAAGAAGUGCCCGUUGAAUAUUUAUCCACUUUUUUUUUUUUUUUUUUGGUUACUUGGUACUUAAGUGAAUGUAAUGGUCAGAUAUUUACGUCUUCUGCUUUAAAACACAACCUCUACAACGUGUUUUAUUGAAAAAAUAAAAUGCAUAAGUUGUCAGUACUGGAGGAAUCCUUUUUAUUUUUUUGAGGUUGCAUCAAAGGGAAACACUGUAAAUAUAUUGAAUAUUUUAAUGCAUGCAAUGUGUUAAAAAUAAUGCUUCUAGAAACACUUGAAAUAAAAUAUAAAAACUAAGUGUAGCUGUCUUGUGCUUUUAUUUCUGACAUGUUGCUUUAAUGUUAAACUGUUUAUAAAUCAAUUUUAAAGGCACACUAUCGCAUUAGAAAUACAACUGAUAAGGAACAGUGAUGCUUUCAGCUGCGGGGAGGGGGAAGGAGAGUGUGUGUCUGGGUGCUUAGGGUCCUUUAAUAAAUAUAUAUUAAAUUGUUCUCUUCUGUCAGUCACGCUUUUGCAAACUAUUAAGCUGGUGUAAAGGUCAUGAUCUUUUUGAAUCUAACUUUUUUUGUACAUAUGUUUUGGGCAAUUCUUAAACUUAAAGGAACACUAUAGGGUCAGGAACACAUGUAUUCCUGACCCUAGUGUUAAAACCACCAUCUAGCCACCCUAAAUAUAUCUUACUUGUAUUUAUGUCUGCAGCUACUGGCUCUGCCUUUGACAUCAUCAGAAGUGGUGGUCUGAGACAAUCACAAUGCUUCCCCGUAGGAUUGGCUGAGACUGACAAGGAGGCAGACACAGCCUCAAACACAGUCCUGCCCAAUCAGCAGCUCCUUAGAGAUGAAUUUAAUCAAUGCAUCUCUGAGGAAAGUUCAGUGUCUACAUGCAGAAGGAGGACUGUCCCAGAAAGCACCUAUGAGCCGUCUG